UCUUAUGUGUGAGCGUGUUUCACUAUAAGAUAUUUUCAAUCACAGAUAUGUUAGAUUUGUUGGGGGGGUGGCUGUUUAGUAAAUUUGUGCAUGGAGCAGGAAAUCGAAAGUGAAAAAAACACAGCAGAGCGAAGAGGAGGAGGAAGGGCCGGACUGUGAAGCAGGAGCUCUUAGUGUACCGUUUGUGAGCUGUUAUUGGACUAUUAGGAAUUUGUUAAUGACCAGGAAACUGUUAAUGAACUCUUAGUGGACUGUUAAAGUGUUAGCGAAAAGAAUGAUAAAGACACGCAACGCUACAGACUCCAGGGCUCCUCCUCCCGACUUCAUUUCCGCAUUUCGCGCGUUGACCACAUAUCCGCAUAAAAUCCCGCGCUUUCAGGCACGAGCAGCUGCUCUCCGCAUCUGACACAAGAUGUCCAAAACAGUGAAAGACUGCCUGAUCGAAGUGUUGGACGACUUAGAUGAUGAUCAGUUUAAGAAGUUCAAAAGCAAAUUGGUGGACCGUAGAGAAGAGCCGCGCAUUCGCAGGGGAACGAUAAUGACUGUGGACCGACUGGACGUCGCGGACAAACUGGUCAGUACAUUCACGGAGGAGGGGGCGUCCAGGGUCGCCGUGGAGAUCCUCGAGUUUAUGGGCUGCCGCCAAGAAGUUGAGGAUCUGAAAGACAGUCUGAAGAAAGUGUCAGUGACCUCAGGGGGGCGUGCUAGAGAUGACACAGGUACCUCACCAGUAUCUGCAGGUGACUCAAAGUUCAUGGUGAAUGGAAGACACUUUGUUGACUAUCACCGAAAUGCCCUGAUCCAGAGAGUAUGCCAAGUGGAUUCCAUACUGGACUGUCUCUUGGAGAAAGACAUUGUGAACCAAGAGAAUUACAGUUUCAUUAGAGCCCAGAGCACUGAGCAGAUGAAGAUGAGGGAACUCUUCAGUGGCCCCCUGAACUCUUGUGGGAACAAAGGGAAAGAUGAAUUUUACUUUAUCCUGGAGAAACAGCAGCCUCAUUUAAUUGAGGAUCUGAAAAGAUCCUAAAUUUAGGAAAGUAACACCAAAAAGUAAGUAAAAGUAAGAAAACAUAAGCAAGAUCAAGAGGAGAGAAAUGUACUACACAUGGAUGUACACAUCUGGAAUAUAACAAUAAUUAUGGAAAAUCAGUUGUCACUUUUUAGUUAAAAACUUACGCAUAUAUUUUGAUAUUUUAAUAUGGUUGCCACAUGAAUGAUGUCUCUCUAUACCCCAAGCAUCUGUUUAAAGAAGUUUGUAAGUUCAUAACAGUUUUUAAAAGAAUUUGAAAAUUUUUAAAUUGAGCUGACUAUAUAUGUUAAACAUGAUUCCCGUGUUUUUAUUCUUGUUUUCAUCUGAAACGGACAUUGGGCUUAUUUCUUAAACGAUCAUUAGCUAGAGGCAAGUAUUAAAACUAGGAACACAAAACUUACACAUAAAAUCACUC